UUGGUCUUUCUUUUUUUUUUUUUUUCCUUUUUUUCUUCCCCUUUACAAUUAUAAAAGUCUUGCCAUCCAACACUACCCUACCGUCAGACUCCCUACCUCUCUACCUAGCACCGAGGAUCACAGAAUCGGGCUCCGUCGCUAGUCCAAUCAGUCAGUCCCCUGCUAAGUUGUAUAAACUAACCCACGUCUAUCGCUUAUUUGCUCGUCUAUUUAGCGCUACCCUGAAUUCCAUACGACCCAUUCGGCCCCAUUCCUCCUCGCAAGAGCAGCCCAGCUGGAUCGGUCCAUAUGAUCGCGGAAAAUGGCGACCUCUUCAUGUCCACAGCCGCUGAAGGCCCGGCAGAUGGAUGCCUCUGACGCUUUCCCUACGCCUGCGCCGCGGAAGCGACGCAGAAAAGCUGUCAGCAAUGGGGCUGCAGACGACUGCUUUACUUGCGCCAAUCGCAGCGUCAAAUGCGAUCGACGGCGCCCAUACUGCACCCAGUGCCUAGGUUUGGGCAUGCGGUGCUCCGGCUACAAAACCACCUUGACGUGGGGAGUUGGCGUAGCCAGUCGCGGCAAGCUGCGCGGUCUCUCCUGGCCUGUUUGUGGCGCUCUACAAGCUGCCGCGUCUGCGACGGUCGCCGACUCUACUCGACAAGCAGCGGAAUCAGAACGCCGUCUUCCUCCCCCUGCGUCGCGGGCGCGUCCGGAUGCGAAAGUCACUGCCCGUUCGGCCUCGAAACGCACCCGCCCUGAUCAGCUAGCGGCCCGGAAGACCACCACAGUGGCCACUAUCGACUCGCUGCAGCACGUCGAUGUGACCGUCUCAUCAUCACCACCUGGCCCCUCCAACCUUGCUACUCAUCGCAGUAGCGCACCCACUGAGUCAUCUGUCACGCCUACCCAACUGCCCCAGACUGAGGACAAAUAUCCGCUGCUGGUAAAUUCUGCUGCCCCCUUACUAUCAAGUCGUCAUCAUGAUAGCACCGCUAUUCCUUUCCGAAGUCCCGGGGUCGAAUCUGGCCAUCCCGGACCUAUACCUUUCGUUUCAUACAUCGAUACGGCAACCACCCAGCCAAUACACCCGCCUGCCUCCCAACCGGCCAUAAGCAACGCCGACUUCAACUACGUGAGCUCUGGUUUAGCUCCACAAUUACAGGAAUUCAGCCCAAGGAUCGGAGGGAGCCAUAGUCAUUUGGCAAUCUCUCAAUUUGAAAGCCUUCCCCCCUGGCCACAGAAGACUCUAUACGAUGCGAACAGCCAAGGAUCGGAAGCAAGACCAGAUGUAAACUUUCGUAACAAAUCGCCCAAAAGAAGGUCCACACCGCCGGAUUACUUUCUGCUCAGUGCGUACCACCAAGAGUCUAAUAUCCGAAGCCAUACGUCGUUUGUUCCGCAACCCGUAUCCAUGCAGUUCAUUGGCCGGACUCCCCGCAUGCAAUAUCUCAUCAACUACUAUGCAGAGGUCAUAUCCCCUGUUAUCGUCGCCUUUGAUAGUCCGGCAAACCCGUACCGCAUGUUUAUUCUCGAACUUGCCAAGACUAGCGACACUUUACAGCAUGCUCUUGCAGCCCUCUCCCUGAGCAACCUCAGACAGCGGAAAAACCACUGGGGCUUAUCUGCCAGGAAAACGUUGCCAGCUCGACUGUCCUCGACGGCUCAUUAUCGUAUGGCGGGACAAUCUUGCGAGGAAAGAUUUGGUAAUCUAGGCCUUGAAGAGCAACAGAAGGAAGAGUCAUUCCACAAAGCAAUGGCAAUCACAUCACUUAAUGCUCAGCUGGCCCAUCCCACCCAAAGACUAGCAGACAGCGUUCUAGCCACGGUGCUAGUCCUGUGCCUCUUCCACAUGUGCGAUACAGGAGUUGCGAAGUUCCGACCACAACUUGCUGGGGUAAAGAAGCUGCUCGCCUUACGACGGAGUGCUAAUAGGAAUUGCUCCGAUCUAGUAAAGUGGUAUACACGCAUGUUCGUUUGGUUCGACGUGCUGACCGCAACCAUCAACAACCGCGAUUGCGAACUGAAGGGCGACUACCUGGAUAUUGCCGCCAGCGGACAUGAUGAUUGGGCGCUUGCGAACCUGGCUGGAUGCGAUGGAUCAAUGUUCAAAAUAAUCGGCCAGCUGAGCCGCCUGAAUAUGCUAAGCCAGGGCAAAGCCAGCGCGGAGCCUCCUUCCAUGAACGAAUGGCCCAUUGCAACAGCCCCUCCCCCGCCAAACAUGCUCCACCAUUCCUCCAUGCCACCUCCCUUUAACGAAAGCUACGACAACACACACCCACCACUCCAACUCCACAUGGAAGAUACCAUUCUAACAGCAGUAACAACAAAAACACCAAGCUCCGACUCCCGCGCAGAGUUCUGGCGGGAAUGGCACGCUCUGCGCCACAGGCUCGACGCAUGGACCCUCCAACUACCCGAAGGCCCACGCGCAGCAACAGACUCCUCAACCCUCACCGGCUCUUUCCCGCACCCCCACAUCUCCCCGACAAACCUGUCCGACCUCUCCAACAUCUCCGAAUCCUUCCGCUACUCCGCCCUCCUCUACCUCGAGCGCCUCGCACACCCAAACCUCCCCUCCGCCCACCCGCGCAUCCAGCGCCUCGUCUACAUCUCCCUCCACCACCUGAGCGCCGUCAAGUCCGACGUCUACCUGCUCUGGCCGCUCUUCGUGACCGGCGCGGAGUGUACGUUGGACCCCCACCGCGCCCUUAUUCGCCGCAACUGCUCUGAUAUCCAGAAGGAUUCGGGCUUUUUCAACAAUCUCGCCUCGCUGGAGUUGCUGGAGAAGAUCUGGGCUGCGGAUGCCUCGGGUAGUUUGAAGCCUGCGAAGCAACAGCCGAUGGCCUCUGCGGCUCUGAAGCGGAGUAGGUCCCCCAACGAUGCGGGUUCGCGAUUUGGGGAUGGGGAGGAGGUCCUGGAAGGUGGUGAAGCGUUUAAGUGGAGGAGGAUUAUGGAUUUGGAGGGAUCGGAUGGAGAGUAUAUUGUUGUUUAAAGUAUUUGUGCCAAGCAUGUAUAUGUUUCUUGAUUAGCGGAUCAUUUUUGUCAUUUCUUUUUUUGUCUAUCCCGUGUAACUCUUUGCCUGGCGGCUUUUUGUGUGACUGUACAUUUGUUUCUCAUUAUGCUCUUGCUUUCCUUCGUUAUAUACCUCUUCUUGUUCCGUCCUUCUCUCAUCAGCAUGAGUCAACCUGAAGAAUUAGUUGGUAAAUAGUAACUUGAACAUAUCACCACCUCAAGGCAACUAGGUAAUCUCCACGACCCACAGUGAUCAUUAUUAUUUUAAAUACCUGGGUACUUGUAUGUACCCUUCUCACUAAC